CAGUCAGUCUUGCUGCAGCCACUCUCAGGUCGGCGAGGGCCAGCGCCCCCUAUUGCAUCGCGCACAGGAGCCAUGGCGCAGGGGCUGUACCACCCGGAGUUCGCCCGCGCCGGCAAGCAGGCGGGGCUGCAGGUUUGGAGGAUCGAGAAACUGGAGUUGGUGCCUGUGCCGCAGAGUGUUUUCGGCGACUUCUACGUCGGGGACGCCUACCUGGUGCUGCACACGACCAAGGGGAGCCGGGGUUUCAGCUACCGCCUGCACUACUGGCUCGGAAAGGAGUGCACUCAGGAUGAAAGCACAGCGGCUGCCAUCUUUACUGUUCAAAUGGAUGACUAUUUGGGUGGCAAGCCAGUACAGAACAGAGAACUUCAAGGCUACGAGUCUACUGAUUUUGUUGGCUAUUUCAAAGGAGGCUUAAAAUAUAAGGCUGGAGGUGUGGCAUCUGGACUAAAUCAUGUUCUCACAAAUGACCUGACUGCCCAGCGGCUCCUGCAUGUGAAGGGGAGGAGAGUGGUCAGGGCCACAGAAGUUCCCUUAAGCUGGGACAGUUUCAACAAGGGUGACUGCUUCAUCAUUGACCUUGGCACUGAAAUUUACCAGUGGUGUGGCUCAUCAUGCAACAAAUAUGAGCGUCUGAAAGCAAGUCAGGUUGCCAUUGGCAUUCGGGACAAUGAAAGAAAAGGAAGAGCUCAACUAAUUGUGGUGGAAGAAGGAAGCGAGCCACCAGAACUUAAAACGGUUUUAGGAAAUAAGCCAGAACUUAGAGAUGGAGAUGAUGAUGACGACAUCAUAGCAGACAUAAAUAACAGGAAAAUUGCUAAACUCUACAUGGUGUCAGAUGCCAGUGGAUCCAUGAAAGUGACUGUGGUGGCGGAAGAAAACCCUUUCUCAAUGGCAAUGCUGCUUUCUGAAGAAUGUUUUAUUUUGGACCAUGGUCCAAAACAAAUUUUUGUAUGGAAAGGUAAAGAUGCUAAUCCCCAAGAGAGAAAGGUUGCAAUGAAGACAGCUGAAGAAUUCCUACGGCAAAUGAAUUAUUCCUCCAGUACCCAAAUUCAAGUUCUUCCAGAAGGAGGGGAAACCCCAGUCUUCAAACAGUUCUUUAAGGACUGGAGAGAUAAAGAUCAGAGUGAUGGCUUUGGAAAAGUGUAUGUCACAGAGAAAGUGGCUCAAAUAAAACAAAUUCCAUUUGAUGCCUCAAAAUUACACAUUUCCCCACAGAUGGCUGCCCAGCACCACAUGGUGGAUGAUGGUUCUGGCAAAGUAGAGAUUUGGCGUGUAGAAAACAAUGGUAGGAUCCCAAUUGACCAAAACUCAUACGGCGAAUUCUAUGGGGGUGACUGCUACAUUAUACUGUACACUUAUCCCAGAGGACAGAUUAUCUACACCUGGCAAGGGGCACAUGCCACUCAAGAUGAGCUGACAGCAUCUGCGUUCCUGACUGUCCAGUUGGAUGGGACCCUUGGAGGGCAGGCUGUACAGGUCCGAGUCUCCCAAGGCAAGGAGCCGGCUCACCUGCUGAGUUUGUUCAAAGACAAGCCCCUCAUUAUUUACAAGAAUGGAACAUCAAAGAAAUUUGGUCAGGCACCUGCUCCUCCUACACGCCUCUUUCAAGUCCGGAGAAAUCUGGCUUCCAUCACCAGAAUCGUGGAGGUAAAUGUUGAUGCAAUUUCAUUGAAUUCCAAUGAUGUUUUUGUCCUGAAAACACAACAAAACAAUGGCUACAUCUGGAUGGGAAAGGGUGCUAGCAAGGAGGAGGAGACAGGAGCAGAGUAUGUGGCAAAUGUCCUUAAAUGUAAAACCACAAAGAUUCAGGAAGGCAAGGAACCAGUGGAGUUCUGGAAUUCUCUUGGAGGAAAAAAACAAUACCAGACCUCUCCACUACUAGAAACCCAGAUUGAAGACCAUCCACCUCGGCUUUAUGGCUGUUCUAACAAAACUGGAAGAUUCAUUAUUGAAGAGGUUCCUGGAGAAUUCACACAGGACGAUUUAGCCGAAGAUGAUGUUAUGUUACUAGAUGUUUGGGAACAGAUUUUUAUUUGGAUUGGCAAAGAUGCCAAUGAAGUUGAGAGAACAGAAUCUGUGAAGUCUGCCAAAAUGUACCUCGAGACAGACCCUUCUGGAAGAGACAAGAGGACACCAAUUGUCAUCAUAAAACAGGGCUAUGAACCACCCACAUUCACAGGCUGGUUCUUGGGCUGGAAUUCCAGCAGGAAGUAAACUGAUUUUUAUAGGAAAAAAACAAAGAUUAUGGGACAGUUGUCCCACUGCUGUUUGGGGCAACUAAUUUUAUAUGUUUCACUUUAGAAAAUUACCCUCAACCUUAUGGCUAUUUUUUAAUGCCUAGUAUUGUUUUGAAAUCAUUUUUAAGCUCAGUUUUUCUGAUUUAUUAUAUUAAAAUAACCUAAAGCAAACUUUUGUUAUAGACCAAUAUUAAAUGUCUAGAAACUGAUGUGCAGCUUUUCAUAUGACCUUUUAAAGGUGAAAAAGUUAUUGCACAAUCAAGGGCAAUUCAUCAGGAAAUUUUAUAAUUGUGGAAUCAUUAGCUAAACUUGUUCUUUAAUAUGCCAGUGAAGAAGGCCAUACUACCUUUAAGUCUAUUCUCUUCUACAUAUUGUAUUCAAAACAAUUGUGUUGUAUUCACAACAAUCAUAUCUCAGCUGUACGAUUUACACUGCAUGGCUUUAAAAGUAUGCUAUUGUUUCCCUUCUUUAACAAAUGUGACUUUGAUGCCAUUAACCCCUAAGUGCCAUUUUUUAAAGAAACUUUGCCUUUUUUGCCUUUAAGGUCUUUGAAAGCUUUUAAAUGUAGCAGAAUGAAUAAUCUGUGUUCUUAUAUACUUAGAUAUAUUCAUCUAUCAUUUGACAAUAGAUGCUUAUAUCAUAAAAAAU